CUCGAUAGAGAAAUGAUGACUCCCCACACGACCCAAUAAUCGUAAAACAUGAUUGCAUUCGCAUAGUACUAGUCCUUAUAUAAAUGGCCGAUUACAUGGCAUUACAUUUUAUUACCAACACAAAAUGGCAUCGUCUUUAGUGGCCGGCUCAGCAGCCUCGCUAAAGGCGGUGCUUGAUCGCGUCCAGCAGGCCGCCGAUAGGUCAAACCGGAACGUCAAAGAAAUCCGCGUGGUGGCGGCUAGUAAGACCAAGCCGGUUUCUGUUCUCCGACAGGUGUAUGAUGCCGGUCACCGAUUCUUCGGCGAGAAUUACGUUCAGGAAAUCAUCGAUAAAGCACCUCAGCUUCCGGAGGAUAUUGAAUGGCAUUUCAUCGGCAAUUUGCAGAGCAAUAAAGUCAAGCCUCUUCUUGCUGGUGUUCCCAAUCUUGCUUAUGUAGAGACGGUAGAUGAUGAGAAGAUAGCAAACCUUCUUGAUCGUGCUGUAGCCAAAAUUGGCAGGAAACCAUUGAAAGUGUUUGUUGAAGUGAAUACAAGCGGAGAAACAUCUAAAUUUGGCGUUGAACCAGCACUGUGUCUAGACCUUGUAAGACAUAUUGUUACAAAUUGUCCAAACCUUGAAUUUUGUGGCCUAAUGACAAUUGGCAUGCUGGAUUACUCAUCCACCCCAGAAAACUUUAAGACAUUAUCCAAAUGUAGAACUGAAGUAUGUGAGGCAAUCGGAAUACCAGAAGCGCAAUGUGAGCUAUCAAUGGGCAUGACUGCAGACUUUGAGCAAGCUAUUGAGAUGGGAAGUACAACUGUUAGGAUUGGAACUGCCAUAUUUGGGCCCAGAGAGUAUCCACAUAAAGAAGAGAAGUAGAUGUCCUCAUUUUGCUGUUUCAUUUGGAGUGAUGUUGUUGUGCAUCUAGAUUCACUUGUGAAAGUUGUAGAGCAGCAGAACAGAUUACUUUAGCUGGAAAUAAAUAUGCUCAUGAGCUUGAUAGUAGUAGUCUACAACCUCGAGUGAGCCGUGUCUUCAAAAUAACCUUCAAGGCCAAAACACUAUGUAUCGUCGCUUGUAAAAUGUAAAACUCAACCUUUUUUUUUACUGAACUAGUACUAAGGUAGUCUACUUUUGACCGAGAACUGUGAUAAUCUUGAAAAGUCAUAACCUUGUAUCAUCAUUGUAGCUAAGUUUGCUAUUAUCUUUUGCACAACCAAUUUGAAUAUUCGGACAA